AAAGGAAAGAAUUCUAAAACCAAGAGGUCGGUUUCAACGGUGCAGACUACAGUAUAUCGCGUUCAAAUGUUAGACAAACUAGGAAAUUCCGUUCAACAAGUGGCAAAGAAUGGAAGUCAUAAAUAUUUGAUAAGGACUUUUAACGGUGGCGAAAACUUGAGCCGUAACAAAUUGGCAUUCAAUAAGACCUUGAUCCGCUUGUUCAUCAAACAAUCCACAACUAAAGACACCUACUUGCACGCUCCUUGGGUUGUGAAGGAUGAUUUGGCUAAAAAGUACAAAGUGAUUACUAAACUUCCUGAUGAUUUAAAGAAGGCUAAAGAUGAAGCACGAGAAAAGAGCAGAAAGCGAAAAGGCAAAGCUACACAAGGAGGUCCUUCUAAGAAAACUAAAGUAAACAAAGGAACGAACGCUAGAACUAGAGGUGAUGACGAUCAAAAAGGUGGCAAGAAGGGAGCGGCCUCCGCCGCAAGGGGCAAAAGAGUGCCAGCAUCAAAAAAGCAAAGCAGGGCAACCACGAGUAAGGAACAAGCGAAAAAGGCGGCUGAAAAGAAACGGCAGAAAGAGCGUGAAAAAAAGAAGAGGGAAACUGAGCGAAAGAAGGAGAGAGAACGUAAAGCUAAAGAGAGAGAAGUUCAGAAACGUUUAAAAGCUGAACAAAAGAAGGCAAAAUAUCCAACAGAAGAUUUAGAUGUGCCCCUUGAUAGAAACUUACUCUCGAAGAGACCUCACAUGGUUCUCGAUUUCAAGAUCCCUCAGAAAUAUAUCGGAACGUUCUUGAUGACAUGGAACUUUUUCACAGUAUUCGGAAAACCUCUGGGUAUUUCAUUCCUUACACUUGACGAUCUUGAAUUAUCAUUUUAUCACAAUAUUAUACAACCUCGUUGCACUUUGGUGAUUGAGAUGCAUGCGGCUUUGCUCAAUGCUAUUAUCAGAGAUCGUUUACAAUCUAAAAGUAAAAAACGCCAACCAAUUCCUCGCGUCGUUCCUGCGCUUAGAGAUCAGAUCAAUGGCCCAGAUGACAUGGAUAUUGAUGAUAGAAAGAGCGUGCUAGCAUCUCGUGAUGUCCUUGAAAGAUUUGCCAAAACUUGGGAUAAGAAAGUUAUAUCUUCCAAAGAUUCACGAAAGGGAUGGGAGUGUGUUCUUAUUGGCUGUCUUUAUCAGAUGGGAACCUACGAAACGAUUCCCAAUGUGGAUCGUAUUCUUUCUCAUUUAGCUCCUAUUGAUAGCAUCAAUGCAUCUGAGGAAGAUUUUGAAGGAUAUUUUUCUACCCUUGAAGUAGCCGAUAAAUUGCAGAUAAUGGAAUUUUUGAUAAAUAACGUUGCCAAAACCACCCUUAUUCAUGAACACAUUGAAGGAUGCGUUAGCAGGCAGACGGAAUUGAAUAAGGAGAAGAAUGAAAUCGCCAAGGAAAGGAAACAAAUCGCGAAUUCACUUGCGGAAAUUGUCAAAACAAAUGUCACUGUGCCACGCGGAAAAGGAAAAGAUAGAUCGGACACCGAUGAGAGUAUUGUUACAAGAAAACGCAUUCUAGAGGAGGAAGAAAUUGCAUUACAAAAGAGAGAGGAGAAUAUUGAUAAAGAAAAACGAAGAUAUGCAUUGCCACGAACCAAUUCUAUGGGCCGCGAUCGGUUUCAUAACAAAUAUUAUUAUUUUGAUGAAGUAGGAUUGGUUGUUAAUGAAAGAUAUGGAACUGGUAGAAUCCUAGUUCAGAGUCCUAGUUCUCGAGAACUAGUAGAUGUAUUGACCGAAGCUGGGCGCCAAAAAUAUAACAAAAGAAGAAAGUUAGAAGAAAGUUUUGGGUCGGAAGAAGCGCAAUGGGGAUACUAUGAAGAUCCCGAACAAAUCGAUGAUUUGUUGAAAUGGUUCAAUGAAAAAGGCCAAAGAGAGUUACUGUUGAAAAAAGAAAUAAUUUCCCGCAUUUCCGAUGUCAAAUCAGGAAUGGUUAAGAGAAUGCAGGACAUAGUUGCUUCGCGCAAAUCUGCUGAAGUGCGUCGUAGUAGGCGGACCCAAGCGACAAAAGCAUUACUUUCACAACAGCCUUAUAUGAAGUGGUUUAACAAGUUUGCCAAGUAAGGCAUUCAUUUUUUUUUCGUAAAAAAUUCAUAAAAAAAUAAAGAAAAAAAAGUUUAAAAAGUUAAAAAAUUUAAUUGAAAAUAAAACGAAAAUAAAAAAAGAUUAACCAGAAGGAAACUGGGUUAAAAACCGGGUUGGA